AUGGGAGAAUCUAGAACAGAAUUACUGGCUUGGGUGAACGAUCUCUUACAACUAAACUACACCAAGGUUGAGCAAGCAGGAACAGGCGCUGCCUACUGCCAAAUUAUGGAUUCUGUGUUUAACGACGUCCAUAUGACAAAAGUCAAAUUUGAUACCAAGCAUGAAUACGAAUACGUCUCUAAUUUCAAGGUGCUUCAACACACUUUUGAUAAGCACAAGUAA